AUGCCGGGUUCUGCUGCCCACAAGAUAAGGAAUGCCUGCACGAAAGUAGUAAAAGUGUUAUUUUUGUAUUGGCUCGUUUUUAUGAAGAAGCAGAAGGUCCCAAACGGGGUGCACUCGCUAGGGAUGACAAGGAGAAGAAGUUGCAUCCAGAUAGGGCAUCCCUCCAGUGGGGGGAAUUAUAUCUCCCCAUGUGCAUCCACGGAUUGUUCCUCACAUCGAAGGACACCUUUUAAUUGUCUUUAUCGGGACUUCUCUAAAGCGAGGCAACACAAUCCCAUGCGAUGCCCCAUCUCUGUCCAUCCAGUUAAGAAGCUAAAGCUAAUGCGUGAAAAGGACCCCAAAUCAGCCGCGUGUAAUUUUUACAUUCAUAAUUUUCAGUAUCGGGAAAAAGAAAUUAAAAAAAUAUGCCCCCUAGGGACAGAGUCAAGAUGGAAAAGCAAAAGUUGCAUGAAUAGGUCACGCAAAGUACACAUGGUUGGGAAGGAUGACGAAAAGAUGUUUAACCGGAUAAACAGCAAUAUGAUGAGGGCAUUGGGGGAGGAGGGACCCAUGAACGGCGACGUCUACAGCAACGUCUACAGCAGGAGUGACACCAUGUGGGGAGAGAACCACGAACGAAAUGGCCUCCUGGAAAUUGUAAAUAACCAGACGGAAGUACCCAUCGACCUCGCCCAUUUCGAGAAAGAAGUGAGGAAACUUGUCCACGUAAUGCGCUUUGAAGAUUUUCAACUGAACAUAACGUUUGUGAGUUUAGACGAGAUGAAGGAGAUGAACAGGACUCACAGGGGAAAGAAUGAGCCGACUGAUGUCAUUUCUCUGUUGCACUAUGUGCAAAGUGGGGAAGGCAUUUCUCCUAGCUCUGAAUUUGCAGGUGGCGACAUACCUAGCGGGAGCUGUCUCAGGUCAGGAGACAUUUACUUGUGCCCCGCGUACAUAAGCAGGGAGUGUGUGCUGGCCCGGGUUAGGUACGAGCAGGGAUUGCUGCGCGAGAGAAGCGGCGAGAGUGCCGAUGUUGGAGAAAUUGGCGAAGUUAGCGGUGUUGACGGUCCACGCGGCGGGAGUGAUCAUGUUAGCGGUGCGUCCACACUGGACAACCGCGACGAUGAGCAAAGCGACCAGGAGGAGCUUCCCCCCCGAGGUGUGAACAAGCUGUUUAGAACCCUCUUCUGCCCCAACCAGCGGCUGCCGUUGUACGUUCUACACGGAUUAAUACACUUAACGAAGAAGGAUCAUGUGAACAAUGCAAAGGAGUACCACAGAUUUAUGGACAUAGAGGAAGACACGAUCGGUAAGUAUCUUAAGUUCCAUCAUUAUACACACACAUAUUACUCUCACUACGUUAUUGGACUUGGUACGGACAUUCUGAAUGUGAACAGGAUUUACAAAAUUUUGCAAAAGAAAAAUGGGGCGUUUUUUCUGCGGAAGGUUCUGAGCUCUCUUGAGCUGCGGGAGUUGAUUCAGGGGCAUCUCAUGGAAGCGGUGGAGAGUGACCAACUGGGGGACCAUCUGUUUGACCAAUUGGGUAAGGGGAACGACAAAGCGGAUCGCGGUGGGGACUGCGGUGAGGACUGUCGUGAGAACUCCCAGCCGAGGCUCAGCACAAAUUCCGCAUUGAAGCUGGCCAUCCACGUAAGCAAAAAAUUCGCAUCCAAAGAAGCGAUCCUCAAGUCCAUGGGGCGCGGUUUAAGUUCCAUUUCCAAAUACGGCCUAAGCAUGAACGACAUAGAAGUAAGAAACGACAAGUAUGGAAAGCCCCUGGUUUUUUUGUAUAACCAGGCAAUGAAAAUAGCCAACGAACUGGGCAUAGCAAAUAUUUUUUUAUCUCUAAGUGAUGAAAGGAUAACCUGCACAAAUCAUAAUGUUACAAAGGAUGAGUCAACGACAUGCAACCUUUGCACAUACCUCAUCCAUGCACAGGCACUUUCGGUUGGGUCAAACGUGUGA